AUGUCAACGAAACACAACUUCAUCUCUAAUGUUUCGCCAAGAAAACAAUCGUGGACAUUGGUUGUGAGGGUUGUUCGUGCUUGGUUUGGUCAAGACUACAAAAAUAAAAAACUACCAUUUUUCAUGGAGUUGGUUCUAAUGAAUCGAAAGGGUGAUCGAAUUGGUGCGUCUAUACGAAGAACAUUGAUCUACAAGUUCAAGGAACAACUCCAAGAGGGAAUGGUGUUCACGAUUUCCUCAUUUAAUGUUGCUAGCAACAGUGGUUCGUAUCGACCAUCAUGCAACGAAUACAAACUGGAUUUCACAAUCAACACAAAAGUCAAACUAUCUAAAACUGUUUUGGUCCCAACAAACGUGUAUUCGUUUACACCUGCACCUCAUGUUUUCAAUGAAUCUUACGACAACAACUACUUAGUUGAUGUAAUAGGAGUCAUGAUUGGAGUUGGAGUUGGAGUUGAAAGAGAGUACGAAAGAGAUGGUACGUACCGUUUUAAAUGUACUCUUUUUGGAGAGUAUGUUGAAGAGCUGAACUCUUUCCUAUCUUCCGGUGAAUCUCAAAAUGCUGUUGUAGCCAUUAUGUUGACAAAAGUUAAAUUGUUUCAAGGAAAACCAGCAUUGCGAAAUGCAUUUUCUUACACUAGAAUCACAUUCAAUCCUGAAAUGGGUGAAACAAAGGAAAUAAGGAAAAGCUUUCUUAGUGCAAAUACAAAUUCUCCUGCAUCGGGAUUGAUCCAGUUACCAAAUUCAUCUCGCAUACCUGUAAAUGAGGAGUUUCUCUUACUUACUCCUAGGACCACUAUUGAGGAGUUGAAGAAUGUUAAUAAGAGAUCAUUGUGA